AUUAUGGACGGUCGUACCUGGCCAAAGUUACACAACUGAGUUUCCUCGUUCGAAACCCUUCUUCUAGAACUCAAGGCCCGAGAUGAAGAGGUCUCGUAACUAAGUUUCAAAUAUAAAAUGCAAAAAGUGACUCACCGUCUGUUAGUAAACCAUGCCGAUACUCACCAACGUCGAUUAGCUAGCCCUAUGUCUUGUUGGGGUUGGAAUGUAUCUAGUAAAGCAAGUGCUCAGCAAAAAGAACCCUGCACCAUGUCCACCCGGCCCUCGGGAUGGUCUCUUGUUGGGAACAUCACUGACGUGCCUAAUAUCAAGCCCUGGCUCACCUUCGCCAAGUGGGGCAAAAAGUAUG